AGUCGGAGUGGGUAUUUGGCCCCCUUUUGGGUAGUGAGGAGGAAGUGGCUUCACGGGCGUAUGCUAUUCAUAAAUGAAUGUGAAACAUCACCUAGAGUUUUGCCUCUCCAUCGACCGCCCACUUGCACAAGUCUGAGUUCUUUUGCUAGAAAUGACUCCCCCACGACCUUUAAAACAUCACGGCUCAGGAUGUGAGUUUGGGUUAGGCUCAACCAACUACAGGCUUCUUUAUUGAAAAAAAGGAGGGUACAUUAUAAUUCCUAACUGCCGAGUUUGUUGCGAAAUUUAAAGAAAAUGCUUUGCAAACUGCGAAGAGUUACUAAAAAGAUAAAAUCUGCUCCUCUUUGAGGAUGCUACGUCGCAAAAUUCAUCUAUGGAAAGAGAAGAAAUCUUGGCUCCCAUCAAGCAUCAACGGAGUUUCCCCGGAGCUGGGCCAGCGGGAGAAUCUGGUGCUUCUCCGCUGGCUCCUCCCCCGUCACACCGGCCCGGGCCCGGGUCAGAGGCGGCGGGGGCUCCGGCGCCAGGCCUCCACCGCCCACCGCCCGCUGGGGUGAAAUACCGUGCGGGGGCGGGGCAGGCCCGGCCGCCCAGUUCCUGAUUCUACAAGCGGUGCCGGGGGCUGCCGGCGCCACAGGCGCGGGCACCGUGGGCGGCGAAGGAUGGGCCGGCGCGGCGCAGCGAGCCUGUCCCGAGGCCCCAGCCUGCGGCGGCCGCUCCUCCCCGGCGUCCUCCCCUUGCUGCUGCGCCUGCUACUGCUGGCGGCCCCGCCGGGCGCGGGCGCAGGGGCCGGCCGGCCGCCGCACCUCGUUUUCGUGCUGGCGGACGACCUGGGCUGGAACGACGUGGGCUUCCACGGCUCGAACAUCCGCACGCCGCACCUGGACGCGCUGGUGGCCGGCGGGGUGCUCCUGGACAACUACUACACGCAGCCGCUGUGCACGCCUUCGCGGAGCCAGCUGCUCACCGGCCGCUACCAGAUCCACACAGGCUUACAACACCAAAUAAUCUGGCCCUGUCAGCCCAGCUGUGUCCCUCUGGAUGAAAAACUGCUGCCCCAGCUUCUAAAAGAAGCAGGCUACACUACCCAUAUGGUCGGAAAAUGGCACCUGGGAAUGUACCGGAAAGAAUGCCUUCCAACCCGCCGAGGAUUUGAUACUUACUUUGGAUAUCUCCUAGGUAGUGAAGAUUACUAUUCCCAUGAGCGCUGUACAUUAAUUGAUGCUCUAAAUGUCACACGAUGUGCUCUUGAUUUUCGAGAUGGUGAAGAAGUUGCAACAGGAUAUAAAAAUAUAUAUUCAACAAACAUAUUUACCGAAAGAGCUACAGCCCUCAUAACUAACCAUCCACCAGAGAAGCCUCUGUUUCUCUACCUUGCUCUUCAGUCUGUCCACGAGCCCCUUCAGGUCCCUGAGGAAUACCUGAAACCAUAUAACUUCAUCCAAGAUAAGAAUAGGCAUUAUUAUGCAGGAAUGGUGUCUCUUAUGGAUGAAGCAGUGGGAAAUGUCACGGCAGCCUUAAAAAGCCACGGACUCUGGAACAACACGGUGUUCAUCUUCUCCACAGAUAAUGGAGGACAGACUUUGGCAGGGGGCAAUAACUGGCCCCUUCGAGGAAGAAAAUGGAGCCUGUGGGAAGGAGGCAUUCGAGGGGUGGGCUUUGUGGCAAGCCCCUUGCUGAAACAGAAGGGUGUGAAGAACCGGGAGCUCAUCCACAUUUCUGACUGGCUGCCGACACUUGUGAAGCUGGCCAGGGGCAGCACAAAUGGCACCAAGCCUCUGGACGGCUUCGAUGUGUGGAAAACCAUCAGUGAAGGAAGCCUGUCCCCCAGAACAGAGCUGCUGCAUAAUAUCGACCCAAACUUUGUGGAUAUUUCACCAUGUCCUGGGAAGAGCCUAGCUCCAGCAAAGGAUGAUUCUUCUCAUCCGGAACAUUUCGCCUUCAACACAUCUCUCCAUGCUGCAAUUAGACACAGGAAUUGGAAACUUCUCACUGGCUACCCAGGCUGUGGUUGCUGGUUUCCUCCACCGUCUCAAAACAAUGUUUCUGUGAUACCCUCAUCGGACCCACCGACCAAGACCCUCUGGCUCUUUGAUAUUGACCAGGACCCAGAAGAAAGACAUGACCUGUCAAGAGACCAUCCCCAUAUUGUCAGGCAGCUCCUUUCCCGUCUGCAGUUCUACCACAAACACUCGGUGCCCGUGCACUUCCCGGCGCAGGACCCGCGCUGUGACCCCAAGGGCACUGGGGCCUGGGGCCCAUGGAUGUAGGACUUCUGCAGCCCUGGGGAGCCAGACCACCUUUCUGGUACAAGUUGGACUGCAGGCCUUUACUCCUGUACCUCUUGUCUCAUUUGCUCUCCCAGCCUGGGUUCCCCUGGCCCUUCUCUUGUUCCUCAGCCACGCUGAGGUGUCUCGUUGCAACCCCCAGUGCAUUUAAGAAGCUGAUAAAACCUGGAACACUCCUGUUGUUGGCCAGGGUGUGUGUCUAGGGGAGAGGGUGGCUGAGUUCAAUCUCUUGUUCCUGAGCCAUGGGACAGCUAGGGACUUGACUUGGAAUAGGAGGUUCUCACUGAGUCCUGGAGGCUGUACAGCUGGCUCUUUUUGCCUCGCAAGUCAGAUGUUAGAUCUCCCUCUGCCAAUAGCUGGGUUUUAUUGGAGUGCCUCAUGUUUCUUGUAACAAAUGUAGGGAGCAGACAGCUUUUAAUGGUUCUGUUGGCCAGGGGAUCUCCCUGUCUGUGAGCUAUCAUGUUCAGGCAUUCCAUGUGAAUAACCCCCCUUGGUUCACCCCUCACUUACUCACCCUGUCACUCAUCUCAUCAUGGAGCGUAAGGCCCAUUUCAUAGUUACGGUCAGCAUGGCAAUAUGCCUGCUUCUUGGUUUUGGUUAUUACAAUAAAGAAAUGUGUUUUUAUCCCCAGUUUUUUUUUUUUUUCCAGCCACUGCUCAUUUUGCCUAGACUUCCUGCUACCCCCUCUCCCCUGUGGUUCUUUUCCUAACCUCCUUUUGACUCAGGCAUCCUGUGCCUGGGAAGGCUGCUUCGCCUCUCCACUCUGAGCACCACUGGUUUUUGGAAGACGGCUGUGCCCUAUCUUCCUUCUGUCGCUAACACUGAAGCUAAGAGCCCUGCCCAGAGAAGGUGGUCGAGUCUGGCUCUGCAGGCAUGCUCAUGGUGGACAAGAAGUGGCCGAGUGUCAUUAACAAGUCUGUGUCAUCCGUUUGGUGAAGACUUUUCUAAGUUGCAGAGUUUAUUUUCAUGAUCAUGGCUUUGUCUCAUAAUGUAUUAUGAGUUGCAUGCUAUUCCCUAGCAAUUAGGAGAAACCCCAGGAAACAGUAAUUUUGUCUUGGGAUGAUGGAAGUGGGCAGUUUGAAAGGAAAUGGCCAGCAUCUGAGAUAUUGGGCUUCAGUAAAGCAAAGGAGAGCACACCCACGUUUCCCUUACUUUCACUUCUACUGCUUGUGUUGAGGUUCUGGGGUGGGGGAAAGAGGAUGCACAGUUUGACCUGCCAGCCCUUUCGCAGUCCCACUGAUGUCCUACUAAUGUGGAUCUGUCCAGAUUAGCUCUCAAGAAUGUCACACUCAGACUCAGUUUUGCUGUGUGCAGAAACUAUACUCUUUUUCCCAUGAGCUCCACUGUUUUGUUCACUGCUCGUCACCAAUGCCUGGAUCAGUGCCUGUUACAAAGAAGGUAGUCAGUACUUUUUUUUUUUUUUUUUUAAUGAAUGAAUGGACAAUUGAACAAAAGAGAAAGUCGCACACCAUGCAAGUGCAGUGAGCUAAACACAUCCUCCAACUGUUGCGUUUCUGUUCUCAAGCUGCCCUCCUGGGGUAGGAACAGAAUUUGCAUAUCUGGAUGGUCACAGACACUCCGUAGUGAAGCCAUAAUGUCCUCUCCAGGAGAGAAAAGGGGAAACACACCUGCCAAAGAUACUCUUUUGGCAAUAAUCCUCCAUUCUCUUCUUUGUAGGACACUAGAAACUAAAACCAGCCAACAAUGUGCUAUGGGUCCUUGUGUAGCCAUCCUUCAAUUCAGUAACAAUAUUUUCUGGUCACCUCUAAUAUGUAUUGUAUUAAAAUAAGAUGAUUGGAAGGAAAUGGUGCUAGAACUAAAGACACCUAUUAUCAACCUCUACCCCGCUCCUGGGUUGGCAAACGGUCAAAAUGCCAUCACCUACCACCCCCACACCUGUGGCAGAUACUAUGAACUAACUGAGCCCAGAUGUUCCUCUGGAUCCUUCUAACCACAGUGUCUAUUAAUACCAGAAGACUAGAGGCCAUCACUACAUGACACCUGUUUACCCUCCCUGCUGUGCUCCCAGGGCCGCCCCAGUUCUAGUCUGUUGGUGGCCAAGUACAACAUGGAUGUUCUGCACUCAGUGGAUUUAAAGGGAGUUGUAAAAACUACUUGUUGUAAAACUUUUAUUUGAUACUUUAUUUUAUCCAUAAUAGAAUGUAUCUCAUUAGGUUUCUUUAUUCUGUUAUAAGGAUGUGAACAGAUUCAUAUUAAUGUUGUUUCUCUCCAAAUUCGCUCACCUUUAAAGAAUAGUUUUAUUGAUUUAAUGGUUUUUCUUUGUUACUACAUGAUUGUUCCAGAUCUGGGGAACAGAAAGUUACUUUAUCCUUUAAAAUGUGUCAAUGGGGAGUUUCCAUUUGAGUGGUGAAAAAGUUCUGAAACUGGACAGUGGUGGUGUUGGCACAACAUGCCUCUGAAUUGUAUACUUUAAAAUGGUUAAGAUGAUAACUUUUAUGUGGUUUUGCCACAAUUUUUUAACGUGUUGGCCCAUUUUAUGGUAUGUAAAUUACAUCUCAAUAAAACUGUUAAAUAAAUAAACGUAGCAAAAAUAU